GAGUACUGAAAUAAUACCAUCAGUGUCUGUGUGGGAGAAAAACCAAGCAGGUUGGAAUGCUGUCAUUUUAUUUUUUAAAUUAAUUCGAAGCAUUAAUAUGAAAUAGCGUCAAAGUCUAAAUUGUAAAAUGUUAGGCCGUUUCGCUUGAUUUUCGGUCAAUUUCGGUUCAGUCGGUAAUUGCCGUAUUGUUGAAAAGAAUCUAGCUCGACAAAAUGGCUGAUCCCGAAAAUCAGGUUGACGAAGGAAAGGGAGAGGAAGAAGAACAAGAAGAAAAUGAGGAGGGCGAAGCCAUCAAUGGAGAAGAGGUGGGCCCCUCCGAAGAAGAUCAGAUUCUAGAGGAGGAAGAAGAUGAGCAGGAAGAGAUCGAGGAAGAUCCCUUUGAGCUGUUAGAUGAUGAGAGCCAAGAAAGCGAUGAGCAGAAGCGCAAAUACAAGGAAUACCUUGAGCUUGUAAAAGAAAUCGACCUACAAAAUAGCCGUAUUCUCGAUCUGAAGGUACGCGCCAGCCUCCUACGUCACAAAAACUGCCCCACCAGUAAGGACCAGCGAGAGUACCAGCGGCUGCGCGUUAAUCAAGAGCAGGAGAACGUCAAACUGCGUAAUAUGAUAAAUCGAGCUAUGCAGCUGCAGAACUAUGGCUCAAGAAGAAUCUAUGGGGACGUAAUGAUGGCCACCACGGACUUCGAGGAAGACAUUUUCGUUGCAGGGGCCCUACAGAAGAAGCCAGGUGGAACCAUCUUGCCUGGCGGUGGGUCUUGUACUGAAUACGACUCUGACGACAGUGACGAUCGAUUUUGCAUGCCAUGAAGAAUUUGCUGAAGAAAAAAUUAACAAAUAAAUAAUGAAAUGAAAUUAA